AAAAAAAAAAAAAAAAAAAAAUGUGUGUGUGUGUGUGGUACACCCUUGAUGAUGACCCAGUAAAACAGUCAUUAAAACCCGACAGACCGGAUGGCUCAUUAUUCAAAUUUUUCUUUCGCUUUCGCAUUCAUAUAGCCUACAGACACCAGUCGGUGUCAGCGCAGUUGUCGCCUCUUAAGUACUGGAUUCUGAUGGAGAAACGACGAAACUUCUAUCCCACUUCUUUACUGCAGUUUACCAUGAUGUGGAGUCUGAAUCUGUCCACCGGGAAGGUCACAUAUGGGAUAGGAUUUAAUGGAAGAGUGAUCAGUAUAUCAUGUAACUGGCUCUUAAGAGGAAACGAAAGUUCAGUCGCAGUACGAAAUGGAUUUAUACAUCUACCGGCCAUGUAAAGACGGAAUAAUAAAGAGGGGUUGCUGCUGUGAGCCUGAAGUUCAAAAAGAGGAACUUUGGAUCUCCAUGUGCGUUUUGGGAGAACAUCACAACGCAACUUUGGGAGACCCCUUUACCUUUUCAGUGAGUGACUAUUGCAUGGAUAGCAAGAAGUUCACACUCACUCGACGGCUGAAAGAUGACAGCGAAAAGGCCGUAGGACACUUUGCAAAUGAUGUUUGGGUGCCAGGGGAAGAUUACAAAGACCGGGUGAAACACAUUUCAAACACUUCCGUCGUCUUAACCGACAUUACCCUCAAUGAUGACGGAAUGUUUGAGUUCACCUGUGGUGGCCGCUUUGUACCCGUGCAGCUGGAUGUCGUUGUGCCCUGUGACGUGCUGGGAACUGAGGGAGAAACAGUUAAACUUCCCUACUACUUCACUACUUUCGGUGAACAUGAUGUGGAGAUUAUACGAUGGGAAAAAAACAAUGAGCUUGUCCUUGAGCUGAAUCUUUUCUCCAGGAAGGUCACAUAUGGGACAGGAUUUGGGGGAAGAGUGUCAGUGUCACCCGACUGGUUCUUACGAGGAGACCUGUCUCUGAAACUGGAGCGAGCUCAGCUGGAGGAUAAAGGUGUUUUCUUCAUCCACAAGAAAGAUAAAAAAAGAGGAAAGAUGGGAAAUCCUGCUGCUGUAAGGCUGAAGUUCAAAGAGAAGAACUCUGGUCAGAUCGCCUUCACACCGUUGACUGCAUCUCCGCCACAGAACUGCACUGAAGAGAAAGCGAUGGGGACUUGGACCACCGUCCUCAUAACAGCCGUUGUGACGACUGUGAUUGUUGUACUUUUAGCUGGUUUGUUUCGGUGGCUGAAAUCCCGCAAAACAUGUGGACAAAGUGAUGAAAGACCUGCGACAGAUGUGGAGAUGGGACUUGUGAACAAUAGAGGACCUGCUGGUUCUCAAGUUAAUGGGGUCUUUUAACUUAAAUGGUUAUUUAAUGUGUUUUAAAUGGUGACUGAUGAAACAAUGGUUGUUACUAUUAUGAAGUCACGAGAUUUUUACAGUGGUUGAAUAGAGAAAAAUGUAUUUCCAUGAAUUUCUUAUUAAUAAACACAAUACAUUGAAAAACACGGCUACUGUGAUUUCUGCCGCAACUCAUUAAUGUAAAAUAAUAAUUAACACUUAAAAGGUAUUUUAAAAAUAUAUAUUUGCCAAAACAUAUCAGAAAUAAAAUCAUGUCCUUGAACUAGGUGAACCGACUCCGAUCAUGUUGUGUGGCGCUGGGUUGGUCUCACUUCACGUGAGACUGGAACUGAAAACAUGCAACACAAUAGCCUGUAGCUUUAAGUAAAUAUGGAAACACUGAAUAAAACAAACAGCCAUAAAUAUAGUGAUAGAAACCCUAAAAAAUCUAAACAAAAUACACAGCUAUUUAAUGGAAAAUGUUAAUUACCUUUUAAAAUGUAUUGUGGAGUUUAAAAACGCUGCACCAAUCUGUCGAAUAGUGUUCUUAAGAUACGUCUGAAAUGCGGGCUGAGGAAAUGCUAGUGGAACCAGAAUCCAGUGGCCAUUUGAGGGUUCUCUAUGAUUAAUUAAAGGCCUGAAAAGAUUUUUUUUUAAAGUUUGUAUUAGUAAAUUAUUUAUUAAUCAUUAAUAACGUUAUUAUGAAUCCCUUAUCAAGGAGGCUUAUCAGAAAGUGGGAUUUACAUUUACAUUAGUUGGCUGAAGUUUUUCUGGGUGCAAAUGAAUUAUAUUUUAAAUGAUUCUACUUUACGUCCAGUGUUUAGGUUAAUGUUUUAUUUCAUUAGCAAAGACCAAACCAACAACAAAAUGCGUGUUGAUGACUCAUUAAGGAUAAGAAGUGGCAUGGUUGAGGUGUGGUCUUGCUCCUGAAACUCCGAUCAAUAGCUUCGAUUUAGGAAACAAUAAGAAUUUUGUUUUC